AUGCCUUCAUUAAAGACGACGAUGCUCGCGGUUCUAGCCGCCACCGCCACGGCCAUGCCCGCUACUGUCCGCCUCACUCCGCGUCAGAUGCAGUACCACUCGCUCGCCAAGCGACAGCAAGAGGAAGCGGCUGCUGGUGGCCUGAGUGACUUUGACAUUUUGCAAUUCGCCCUCACGCUCGAAAACCUCGAAAACACCUUUUACCAGCAAGGCUUUGCCCGGUUCCCCGCCUCCGACUUUGCCGCCCUCGGCCUCGACGAGCAGGCCAUCAACGACCUCCAGCAGAUUGGCCAGACCGAGGCCCAGCACGUCGGCCUGCUGCAGUCCUCCCUCGCCCAGGGCGGCGUCCAGCCCGUCCAGCCCUGCGAGUACGAGUUUGGCUUCACCGACGCCGCCGGCAUGGUGCAGACGGCCGCCGUCCUCGAAAACAUUGGCCUCUCGGCCUACCUCGGCGCCGCCCCGCUCCUCACCGACAAGGCCAUUCUCGGCACCGCCGGCUCCAUCCUCACCAUCGAGGCCCGCCACCAGUCCUCCAUCCGCGUCUUCUCCAAGCAGGUCGCCGUGCCCCAGGCCUUUGACGCGCCCCUCAGCCCACGCGCCGUCUUCUCCCUCGCCGCUCCCUUUAUCAAGUCGUGCCCCGACGGCUCCAACCUCAAGAUUGACCCCUUUCCCAAGCUCGCCAUGAUGGAUGGCCCCGCCGGCGAAGGUGAAGGUGCGGCCGGCGGCAACGGCACCGGGGAGGCAAGCAGCAGCAGCAGCAGCAGCGAAGGCGGGAGCAGCAUGACGCUCUCAGUCGGCUCCGAAUUUCGCGUCCAGGCCGAAGGCGGUUCCGAGUCCACGGCGACCGGCUGCGGAUUCACCUCUGGUUCCAAAACCUUCUUUUCCGAAUUCAAGGAAGGAAAGUGCAACGUCCCCGAGAAUGUGGCUGGCGUCACCUAUGUAACGCUGACCAAGGAGACGCCGCUCGACGGCAAACUGUUGGACGACAACGUUGUUGCUGGUCCCAUGGUCGUGACUAUUACUUAA